GGCGGUUAAUGGUAACUCACAUGCAAAAAGAAACCCAGGAGAGCACCUCCUCCUCCCCCUCCUGUAAUUGGUCCCUUGUUGUUGCUCCCUGCAGGCGCUCCGCACGGCGGAGGCGCCCCCGUCUGGCGGGCAGGUGAAGCGCGGACGCCGCGGGGGGUUUAAAAGCCCCGACCGAGGAGGAGCUGCUCACAGUACCAAGGAGCUUCACACGAGGAAAAGUUUACCUACAACUGUGACAGUCGACUCAGAGGAGGAAGAAACAGCAGAGAUGGCAACUCAACCACAGCAGCCUCCUCACCUGCACCUCGCGGAGCUCACAGCCGCCCAGUUCAUCGACAUCUGGAAACAUUUUGACGCCGACGGAAAUGGUUACAUCGAAGGGAAGGAGCUGGAGAACUUCUUCAAAGAGCUGGAGACUGCGAGACGAGGAGCAGGCGUGGAUCCCUCAAAUGCUGCGUUCAAAGAAAAGAUGAAGGAGUUCAUGGCCAAUUUUGAUAAGAAUGCUGAUGGGAGAAUUGAAAUGUCAGAGUUGGCUCAGAUUCUUCCCACAGAGGAAAACUUCCUGCUCUGUUUCAGAGAGUUUGUGGGAUCCAGCUCUGAGUUCAUGGCAGCCUGGCGGAAGUAUGACACUGACCGCAGUGGAUACAUUGAAUCAAAUGAGCUGAAGGGUUUCCUGUCAGACCUGCUGAAGAAGGCCAACAGAAACUACGAUGAUAAGAAGCUCAAUGAGUACACACAAACAAUUCUAAGGAUGUUUGAUCUUAAUGGUGAUGGUAAGCUGGGCCUCUCUGAGAUGGCAAGGCUCUUGCCAGUGCAGGAAAAUUUCCUGCUGAAAUUCCAGGGCAUCAGGCUCACAGUCAAAGAAUUUGACUCCCUCUUCACCUUCUAUGAUAAGGAUGGUAAUGGGUAUAUUGAUGAGCAGGAGCUGGAUGCUUUGCUGAAGGACCUCUGUGACAAGAAAAAAAUGGAUGUGGACUCAACAGGACUGGGCGGGUACAAGAAGAGCAUCAUGGCUCUGUCCGAUGGAGGGAAACUGUACCGCACAGAGCUGGAGAUUGUCCUGUGCCGGGACUCUGCGCUGUGAUCUCCCUGCCUGGGACCCUGCUGUCCUCCCCCCACUGCCUCCUCCUUCCUACAUUCCUAUUGUAACCUGGUGCAUGUGUGACCCUUAACCUCGCUACACCACUUAGAGUGAAAACAAAAAGUGCUCCUGAAAGCACAGAGUUUACCGCUGGCCCUGCUGUUUUAACUUUAUUCAUUUUCUUUUAACUUUACAUGAAGUUGCAUAGUGAGAGAGCCACAACAGUGACUACAGGAAUAUAGUAUGUUUUAUUAUUUAUUUAUUUGACUUCCCAUUUUUAAUAUGCAUUUGUAUUUUUUACAUUUAUCUCAUAUCUAUAUGUUAUUCUCCCACUAAAUUGGAAAUGGAUACUGUUCUGUAGCAUCUGUUCAUUAAUUGUAUUUAUUUACAUUUAAUUUAAUAUGAUCCUGUUUUAUUUGAUUAGGCUUGAAAUGCUCUAUUAAAGAUAUAACUGAUAGGUCAAUAAAUACAACAUGACA